AUGGCGCGUAGACUACUGGCAUCUAACUUCGCACGUUCUCGUGGCCUCGGCACUGCUCCUUCUAAGUCCUUCACCGAAAAACUUGCUGAUGGACUAACAUUGGAUAACUUUGUGUCGAGUGGUUCUCGGAAAUACGUCGCAGUCAGUCAUUACAUCUAUGCCUCAUCACUGUGUUACUUGAAGACUAAGAUCCCAACGAGCGCCUCGUAUAAUAAUAUUCAGAAAGACCUCCGUGGUCUCAAUUUACACACUGUUUGCGAAGAGGCACGGUGUCCCAAUAUAGGUGAUUGUUGGGGUGGGAUUGACGCCGAGAAGAAGCGUGGGGCCACGGCCACCAUCAUGCUGGGGGAUACAUGUACCCGUGGCUGCAGAUUAUGUUCGGUAAAGACCUCCAAGAACCCAUCACUGUUAGAUAUUCAUGAGCCCGAGAACACUGCGGGGGUCUUGGGUACAUUAGCGCCGCAUAUUCGGGUCGAAGCGCUGACGGAUGAUUUCGGAGGUUCCCUCGAUGGCAUCUCGACUGUAGCUGAAUCCGAAGCUCUUACACCCUAUGUCCGUGGCCGGCGCGCUAACUUCCGCCAGAGUCUUCGUGUACUGGAACACGCGAAGAAGGAAGGUGUCAACAUCACGAAGACAAGUAUCAUGCUUGGUGUUGGCGAAAAUGAGGAUCAGGGCCUCGAUGCGUUGAAAGAACUGCAGAAGUCGGAAGUUGAUGUAGUUACCUUUGGCCAGUACAUGCGUAAACGUCAUAUGAAGGUAGACCGUUACGUUGAGCCUGCAGAAUUUGAUCGUUGGAAACGAAUUGCCGAUAACUCUAUUAGCUACAAGCUUACUUUAUCCUCUCGGGCUGGAGAAUUCUAUAUUAAGAAUAUCCUGAAGUGGAAGAAAUUAGAUGCUGCAAAGUCAGAAUCGUCUAAACCAUCUUCAGAGAUGGACUCGAACCUACGCCCACAUUAG